AUGUCAUUUUCACCUCCUCCCGGUUCACAGCUUCCUAACAAGAAUUUGAAAUCAAGUCAGAACCCUACUAAGAAUACCGAUCGCGAUUCUUUUGAUUUACAGUUUGAGGAUUCGUUAGACGCAGCAUUUGAAUCCUUACAAGUUCCCGAAGGUUCUCGUCAAAAGGAUAAUAAUACUGCGUUCGAAGAUUUCGAAAUGAAAUCCAUGCAUAGCGAUCAUCAAACAAGUAUGUUGAAUUCCGAUGUAGAUACCGCUCCAUUAAUAAACAAUAGCAGCAAUCCUGGAAGGCUCUCACUGCAUAAUGAUAGAAAUGCACAAUAUACUAAUAACUCUAUAUGGUUAAAAGCUAAGAGCUGGUUUGAAAGUUCCUUUUCGGGAUCUAAAUCUAAACAUUCCUCGCUGUCAGCGUACAAUACAAGUAGUAGCACAACUAACACGACCAAGAUUGAAUUGAAUGACCAAAACGUGGAAAGAGAAAUACAUCCCGCAACUACACCAAUAUAUGAUAGAAAAAAGUAUCCAUCGAAUGUCGUGUCCAACGCCAAAUACAACCCUUUCACAUUUAUACCCAUCAUAUUAUAUGAACAGUUCAAAUUCUUCUUCAAUCUAUAUUUCCUUUUAGUGGCUCUAUCACAGGCUAUCCCACAACUCAGGAUUGGUUAUCUAUCUUCCUAUAUUGUACCAUUGGCAUUCGUCCUAACGGUCACGAUGUCUAAAGAAGCAAUGGACGAUAUAAAUAGAAGGAAAAGAGACAGGGAAUCCAAUAAUGAGUUAUACGAAGUGGUUAAUAAGCCAGGACCAGUCCCAUCGAAAGAUUUGAAAGUUGGUGAUAUCAUCAAAUUAAAGAAAGGUUCCAGAGUUCCUGCGGAUGUAGUCGUUUUACAAACAAAUGAGCCUAAUGGAGAAUCAUUCAUUAAAACUGAUCAAUUGGAUGGUGAAACUGAUUGGAAGUUACGUCUUGCAUGUCCACUGACCCAAACUCUAACUGAGAAUGAUAUCUUCAAUAAUAUAACUAUUACUGCCUCAGCACCAGAACAUUCUAUUCACAAAUUUAAUGGAAAAAUCACAUACAAAGAUUCAACAUCUGCACCCUUAACAGUUGAUAACACAAUGUGGGAAAAUACCGUUCUUGCCUCAUCUGCAGCGUGUGUGUGUUGUGUUGUCUAUACAGGACGUGACACUAGACAAUCUAUGAAUACUACUAAAUCCAGUGUUAAGACGGGUUUAUUAGAACUAGAGAUAAACGGACUUUCCAAAAUCCUUUGCGCUUGUGUUUUUCUACUUUCCAUUAUAUUAGUCGCGUUCGCUGGUUUUGACAACAAAGACUGGUACGUGGAUAUCAUGAGAUAUUUGAUUUUGUUCUCUACUAUCAUCCCUGUAUCUUUAAGGGUCAAUUUAGAUCUUGGAAAAUCUGUUUAUGCAUACAAAAUUGAACAUGACAAACAAAUAAAGGACACGAUUGUUAGAACGAGUACAAUCCCAGAAGAUUUGGGUCGUAUUGAGUACCUACUAAGUGAUAAGACAGGAACUCUUACUCAAAAUGAUAUGCAAUUGAAAAAGAUUCAUUUGGGUUCAGUCUCAUAUACUAAUGAAACUAUGGAUAUAGUCUCUAACUUUAUCCAGAGCAUGAAUUCGAAGACCACCGUUAAUACACCAGCCACUACAAGAAAAAGCAUUUCUGAACGUGUAAUUGAUUUGGUCACAACAUUGGCUAUUUGUCACAAUGUCACACCGACAUUUGAAGAUGGCGAAUUAACUUACCAAGCGGCAUCUCCAGAUGAAAUAGCCAUUGUUAAAUUUACAGAGUCGGUAGGAUUAUCCCUCUUCAAAAGGGAUCGUAAUUCCAUAUCUUUGUUUCAUGAUCAUUCCGGGAUGAAGUUAGAGUACGAUAUUAAAAUGAUUUUUCCAUUUAAUUCAGAUUCUAAAAGAAUGGGAGUCAUCAUAUUUGAUAAACAAAAGCAAGAGUACUGGUUUUUGCAAAAAGGUGCUGAUACAGUGAUGAGCACAAUUGUUGUGAGAAACGACUGGUUGGAUGAAGAAACAAGCAAUAUGGCUAGAGAAGGGUUGCGUACUUUAGUAAUUGGACGUAAGAAGUUAACCUCCAAUGUGUUCGAGCAAUUUGAAAAAGAGUAUUCAGAAGCAUCCCUAACAAUGAUGAACCGUGAAGUUCAUAUGCAAAAUGUUGUUAAGAAGUACUUAGAAAACGAUUUGGAGCUACUUGGAUUGACUGGUGUGGAGGAUAAACUACAAAAAGACGUUAAGUCAUCAAUCGAACUGCUAAGAAAUGCAGGGAUUAAGAUUUGGAUGCUUACAGGUGAUAAAGUUGAAACCGCAAGAUGUGUAUCGAUUUCUGCGAAGUUGAUUGCAAGAGGUCAAUAUGUCCACACUGUUACUAAAGUGAAUAAACCAGAAGGAGCUUUGCGUCAUCUUGAAUAUCUUCAAGUGAAUCAUAAUUCAUGUCUAUUAAUAGAUGGGGAAUCACUAGGUUUGUAUCUUCAAUAUUACCCAGAUGAAUUUUUCGAAAUUGUUGUGAACUUACCAACAGUUGUUGCAUGUCGUUGUACUCCUCAACAAAAGGCAGAUGUCGCAUUAUUUAUUCGCCAUGCUACUGGAAAGAGGGUCUGCUGUAUUGGAGAUGGUGGUAAUGACGUUAGUAUGAUUCAAAGUGCUGAUGUUGGUGUCGGUAUAGUUGGUAAAGAAGGUAAGCAAGCAUCUCUAGCUGCAGAUUUUUCAAUAACCCAAUUCUGUCAUUUGACGAAGUUACUAUUAUGGCACGGUAGAAAUUCGUAUAAGAGCUCUGCGAAGCUAUCGCAAUUCGUUAUACAUCGUGGUCUCAUUAUUUCUGUCUGUCAGGCAGUUUAUUCCAUUUGUUCAAUGUUUGAACCAUUGGCACUUUACAAAGGUUGGUUAAUGGUUGGUUACGCUACAUGCUAUACUAUGGCACCUGUUUUCUCGAUGACUUUGGACCAUGAUAUCGAUGAAUCAUUAACUACGUUAUACCCAGAACUUUAUAAAGAGCUAACUCUUGGAAAAUCACUUUCCUUCAAGACCUUUUUCGUUUGGGUAGCCCUUUCGGUAUUCCAAGGAUGUGUCAUUCAGUUGGCAUCGCAAUCUUUUACUAGUUUAGACGAGUCCGACUUUACUAAAAUGGUAGCUAUCAGUUUCACUGCAUUAGUUAUGAAUGAGUUAAUCAUGGUUGCUUUAGAGAUCAACACUUGGAAUAGAAUAAUGGUCAUUACGGAAGUAGUUACUUUUAUUGUUUACUUUGGUUCCAUUCCAUUCUUGGGAGAGUAUUUCGAUCUAUCUUAUGUCACGACCACGAAGUUCCCAGCAAUGGUCUUGGUUAUUUUGUUGAUUUCUGUGGUGCCGGUAUGGGCAACAAAAAGUAUAUAUAGAAGACUCAACCCACCCAAUUAUGCGAAAGUUCAACAAUUCUCCAUGGUUUGA